CGAGAACAUCAGUGGACGCAUAAGUCGCCACAGCGAGUACAGCAUCGAGGCAGACCUGCAAACUGAGAGAGAUGACUUGGCUGAGGAAGACAACGCAGCCGAGCUGGCCAAGCGGCUGGAGGAGGAGCUGACGGGCAGCAUCCUGGCCCUGUGGCAGCAGCGCCUCACACAGUCCUCCUCCUUCGAGGGAGAUAUCGAGAUUGAGUACGCCUCCGAGUCCGAGACGGGCAGCGCCGGGCCCCCCUCCCCCACCCCGGAGUCCUCCCGCCCCACCGUGUUCCCCGCCACCAGGACCUCCUACGCCUACACAACCACAGACAACGCCGACAGAAUGCUCAGGAGGGACCGCAAUGGAAACAGCAUGGGGCCUGGCAGCAGCAACAGUAACCCGAACGCCCCUGUCAGACUUCCAAUCUCAGCCUCCGCGGACAGCAACAGCGCCCUAGAAGAGAUCCGGGCCCGGCUGCGCAAGACCAAGUUCGACUACAGCUCCGACUCCCGGCAGAGAAUCUCGGACGCCACCCCGCAGACCGAUUACAGAGCCGUUCUCAAGAAGAAGGGAAAGGUGUAAAACAAAUAACUGAUGUAACAAAUGUGUCUUUGAUCCCCUGCCCCAUCACCCCUGUCCCCUUGAGUCCCUGACCCAGCACGUCACAAAGAUUGUAUAAUAAAAUGUGUUUGUUCAUUUAUAAUUUAUAUGUCAUUUUUGCCAUUGAUUUUUACUUUGGUCACAAAAGAAAAAGCUGUCACUUGUCGGUGCAGCUUUAUACAGCAGUUUUUUCUGCCUUCUAUGGCACAUGAGAAGAAUAGCCUUACAAUUUGCAUUUAUUACAGCAAAGCGUCAGGUGGAUGCUUUUCCUGUCUUUAGGAUAACGUUUCCAUUUGUGAGAAGCUCACACCCUAUUAUGUAGGAUUAUCGGUCCAUUUUUAGGAUUAUCUGUCCAUUUUUUCUCUUCUCCCAUCAGUCAUUAGCUUCAAAUAUUGACAUGGCUUUGAGAGCUCUGAGGUUGUGAGAUGAGCUUAACGAUAAGUCCUCACAGCCCAUAUGUCUGUAUGGCCCUUAUUUAAUAUGGUGAAGAGAUUGGUCUAUUAGCCUCAUUUUGAUUGACAAGGCUUUUAUAAACUUCGCUCAUCUGACUUCUCUGACAUAGUUCAGCUUACUAAAAGAGGUAAUUGACAGACAUGAGUCGGCUUAAUUGUGAGCAGUAUUGAUUAUGACUUUGCAAGUGCGUGAAAUGGGGCAGUGGCAGAGAGGCACCUUACCUUAUCACUCAAAUCCAACAACUGUGGAAAGUGUGCAGAUCUAGAAGAUGAGAGAAAGCACACUCAUCUCUAACAUCCUUCUGUGUGCUGCUUUAGAAAUGGGACGACAGAAACAGAGCAGACAAAUUUGUAAAGUAGACUGAGACCCGAAUGGUUUCAUAUAUGAAAAAGCAGUAGUCUUAAUAAACUGUUUUAGUGGGGAAGAACAAGUUUGUUUUAAUUGCUCCCCUGCUUUCUCAGAAUAAGACGUGUAAAAAAAAAAAUAUAUAUAUAUGCCACAUCAAGUGAGAAAUCUGUGGUUUCUUUUUGCCAAUGUCUGUGAAGGGACGUGAAGUUUCUCGCAUUAGCCUGUUGUGUUUUCUGAGUACAACGUAUUAUAUAGUUUAAAAAGCGUCCAAAAACUAUAAUAUCUUCUCGAAAUCUUUUUCAUUAAAAAAUUUUUAAUCACAAAAUAAAGAGGUCUUUUAAAAUUUGCUUUGCUCUUUAAGGUCACAAAUUGUUAUAUUUAUAAACCUUGCUUUCUUAAAAGUGGUAGGUGAUAAUGUUGUCCCAGAAGAAGUCAAAACUUCUCUCAGCAGAAGUCAAUCUCUUUUGUUCUUAAUUCCCAGCCAAAGAUUACAGAUAUAUCAUUUUUAUUCAUACCUUGCAUGUCUUACAUUAUAUAUAUGAUAUAUAUCUAUUGGUAAUACAACUGCACGGGUCAUGGUAAACUGUUUUAAAUUGUAGCAUCAGGCCAUGUGAAUUGUUUUGUGUAAACCACAUACCCUGAACUCUGCCUCAUCACUUUGCUUUUGCUUUACAUCACUUACAAGGAAAGAAAUGAAAACAUUGCUCAAAUUAAGGAUUCCCUUCUCACAUUUAUAUUGCUCCUUAUGUAAGCCCCUUAUGCUUUGUUACAAAAACAUACAAGCCUAAAUACUUACCUCAUAUUUAUCCUGUAGCCAAACAAAUUGUGUAAAGAGAAAUAAAAAUGUUCCUGUAUUUGUUGGUUUUUAACAAAUCUUUUUAGGAUAUAUGGUUCUCCUGUUUGCACUAUCUUUCUCUGUCACUCUAAAUAACCAUUAUGGGAAGUACAUUCUCUACCAUGGUGCUAUUUUGAUCUUCAAUGUUAAUCCAAACAUGUGCUAGUCACUGUAAACGUGUUUAAAGGAGAGUAUUAUUAGUUUAUUUUUAGACUCUGUAUUUGAGAAUGGGAUUCUAUAUCUUCAUUACCUGCCCUAGGACCCAAUAAGUUGAUAUUUGAGUAGAAGUGUUUUUUAGACUCUGAAUGUUUCAAAUAACAAAUUUUCAGUGGUUCUCUUAUUUCAUUAUAGUAUGCAUUGUCAGAAUAGUUACAAGUAUGUCAUGAUCCUGUUUAGCUUAUACCUGGUUUGUUCAAAGGCAGGAACAGUGUUGAAAUGAAGGCAAGGAUUUUCCAGUCGUAUACAUAUCCAAAGCAUUUUUUGCUUGAAAUAAUAACAUUCCAUAUAGUAUAUUAUAUUAUCAGAUUGCAAUAUAUAACACAUUCCUGUAAACUCUGAACGUGAAUAUAUAAUAUACAGUUUGAUUUCUCUUUUAUUGGACUCACGUGAGUUGAUCUUCACUUAAGUUGAUCUUUUUUUCGGGUCCCAUCACCUCUUCUUCUGUACAGUUCCCACCGAACGGUGAAGUUGAACUUCAGAUGAGUUGGUUUUUACUUAUUCCUAUCCAUAGACUUGCAUUGUAAUGUCCAAGACUGCACUAUGACGUAAUUGGGGCUCACCACUCAGAGACUCAUCUGACUCUGUUUGGUGCCAAAUGAAGGGCAAAGAGAGAAUAACUGCGCCCACACAACUUCUGAAAGACCAAUAUAAUAUUUGUUCUUUCAUUCACAAGCCUAUGGUGUGCACCAGCGCUGAGAAGUUUUUGUAGAGAGCAAAGAGAAGCCACCAAGACAGUGCCUGGUCUAGGGUGUUAGUAUACAAGUCUGUGUUCCUGCCUCUUUUACACAGGGCUGCGGUGUCAAGAGUGUGAUACAAAAGACAGGUUGCUGUAAAGUGGUGAAGUGAAAAGCAAUAAAAGUCUUUCCAAAGUUUUCCCAGGCUUUCGAUAUAAAACCAUUGUUGUUGUGGAAAACUUCUUUGUGACACACAAAUAAAUUGCGUUAGCUUUAUGACUGAAUGUGUUUGACCACUUCAUUGAUUUAUAUUUAGCUUUCAAAGAAUCUCAGAUUAUAUCAAAUCUUGCUGCACUCAUAAUUGUAUCCUUCUGUUAAUGAUAAUAUUCAGUUUGAAAGUAGAAAGAGACAAAAGAUUUGUCAUUAUAAUGAAAAUGAGAAAGAGAUGAAGUACAACGGUUUGCUUUUUUUUUUCAAAGUGGUAUUUUAUUUUUACUGUUUCAAAGUGCUCAGUCCUACCUUCCAUAAGAUCAAGGGUGAAGAAAACUUGAAAAAAAAAUCUGACGUUGGUGGGGAUCAAACUCAAAACCUGUGGGUUGGUUAACGAACGAACAACCAUACCUGCUGCCUGUUGAGACACAAUAGAAAAAAUAAUGUAGAAAACAUUUGGUCAAAUUACAAAAAUUCAAAAUUCAAAACUUAUUAUGGCAUCUUGUUUCUGUUUCUUCUAAAACAAAUGGUUACUUGUAUGUGGUAAGAAUGCCAUUUUUUAGUUUCAAUAUUUGAUUAGGUAUGGACAGUGUGUCUUGUAAAAUACCCUUCAUUUGGCUGGUCACCAGGGCUUCAUUCCGUUAAAAUUGCUGGUCGUCCGUGAAUGAAGACAUCAAUGUACUGAAAAAGUUGCUUGAUUCACACUUGAAAAUGAAAUGAGAGUCAUUUUGAAUUUUGUUUAGAUAGAUCUGUGAGCUUUGCGAUCAACUUAGAGCAUCAUCAUUUAUGAUAUGUCUUUGACAAUGUUUUCCUUUAUGUUAUCCUUUUGGCUAUGUUUUCACAGCUUUAUUUGCUGUCCAUAUCUUGUUACUUAGUGCUGACUGUGGUCACGUGUUGCCAUAUUGUCACGAUGUCAAGUUGAUUUUUAUUUCGUUUUGAAACAUUUGGUGGCAUCAUUAGUUCAGCUACUUUAUUUAUCUAUCUACAUCAUCUGUCUAUAAUUCUAAUUUUUAAAGAAUUACAUUUCCCCAAAGUACGAUCCAGUGACGAUGGAGACUGUUACUGCUCGAUUGUCUUUACUAAAGCAAAAGCAUGAUGCUGUAAUAGAUAUGUUGUGAGUUCUCAGGUACUCUUUAGUCCUGUACUGAAACAGAUACAUACUACAAUAUAUAUGUCAUAGGUUCCUCCGUUUUUUUCUGUUUGAAAUUGAAAGUAGAAAAAAUUCUUGUUGUUAAAUAAGUACUAUGAAUAAACUUUUAAAGGGUCAAUAUACCUAGUAAUAUGAAAAAAAAGCUACAAGAAAAGGUUGUAGAAAAUCCUCAACACCAAUAAGAAGUAUAGAUUUUAAUAGUUUCUUGUGUUCAGGAUUUACUACAACCUUUCUCGUGGAUUUUUAAGAGACAGAACAUUACUGAGCUCUUCUUCUUCCCAAUGACGACAGUUGAGCUAUUGAACUGUUGAGUUAGUCAUAAAAACUUGUGCCCUGAUCAUUCCGACCUGGGCUUUGUACAGUAACAGUUGAACAGGGGGCUUCAGAAAAAGCUUUAGCCAAAUGAUGCAGCCCCCCCCCCCCCCUUUCCCCCCUUCCCCGAUGCACGGUGGACAAUAGCAGAGAUGGGACACCCCCCCACCCCCCUCCCUCCCCGUUCAGUCAACAGCUGUUAGUAUUGCUCCAGUUUCCUUUCACCUUUUCUACCACCCUGACUGCCAUGCAGAUGUUAUGCCAUUCUUCUAUUUCUAUAUGAAUGUUCGAGUCUCAUGCCUUGCCAAACUGACUGGCAGCACCGCACAACAAGAACAAAAUUUUACUUUGAUAAUGAUGUUGUAUGUGUUGCAAAUGCGGAGCCAUUAUUGAUAGAUAUUGACAGACAACUGUCAGUCUAAUGUUAUUGCAUCCACAAUUUUGUACUUUUUUGUUUGUUAAACAUUUUUUUUUUGGGUACCAGUGGAGAAGGGAAUUUUGGCUCUUUACAUUCAGAGAUACUGUCGUCUUUAGGUGGUUCACAUGUGUUCAUGUUUCUAAGAAGAAACUGUCUGCUAUGAUUUUAAUACCACUUCACCAGAAAUGUAUGAUAAAUAGUGAACUGACAGUAAAAUUUGCUAGCACUAAAGAAAUUUAUAAAGUUGAAAAUGAGAAAAUUGAAAUGACAGGUUCAGGACUGUCCUUAUUGCGUUCUGUAAAGAUGGACUAUUGAAAUUCUUGCCUCUUUUCUGUGAUCAAAAUGAAGUCUACCCCUGUCUAUUUUUUUUUUUUUGGUGCCGAUGUGGCAAACACAAAUACUGCACUAUACUGUGGCUGUGAUAUUGUGCUCUCAAGUUUAAUGCCAAUAAAUGCACACUCAAGUUAAGCAAUCACAGUUUUCAUAGUUUUGUUCAUGUAUAUGUAAUGUUUGUCUUCAUAAUUCUUUUUCAUUUACUGUAAGCAGAUUUGAAAUGGAAAGCACUGUGUCAAAGCGUGCUAACCAUGUUGAAGUUUCAGAAAUAACAGAUUUCUACAUAGUCACAGCAUGACAAUCUCAGCACAACUUAAGAUUUUGGACCCGAGCGAACUAGCUUCUUCAUGUCAUAAUAUGCAUAAUAUAUUCAUCAACAGUAGCAGUAACGGUGAAGGAAGUAGGAAGCCAGUCGCAAUUUGAGGUUUUUGUGAUGGGGUCAUCAAAUGUUUUGUUAGUUUAGUAAUUUAUUUGAUGUACAGUUGAUUGUUUUAAAUUCCUGCUGUGGAUAUAUAGUAAACUGAGUCCUAUGGUGUGUGUAGGCAGAAACAAGCUUAAAGAGUUCUGUAGAUCAUUUAAAAAAGUUUGUGACAGCCUACUGUUUACUUUCUUGGAUGUAGGGAUCCUUAACGGUUUACCCUCAUAAGUAUUUUUUUUAUUUACAUUGCUGGCACUAGUUCUUGGUUAUAAGAAAGGGAAUUAUAUUCUUACAUUCCUAUUGAAUACGUUUUGCAGAAUUUGAUAAAAAUGCCAAGUUAUACAGGGUGAGACAAUUCAUUGUGGGCAAAGGUUUCUGUAAAAAGUAAGGCCUUACUACCAAAGUUCAAGUGAAGUUGAAAUGAUAUCUUCCACCCACUUUCAUUUUGUGAGAAACCUGAGCUUAUAAAGCUCUUCGCAAAAUUUUUAUCAGAAAGCAAAGGCUUUGGAUGUCAUUCUAAUUUCUAGUGGAUCACAAGUAAUGUACUAUAUAAAAUAAAAUGUUUCUAGUUUUUUGUAUUAGUUUUAGUAAGUAUUACUGCACUUGCAGCACAAAUAGAUGUAAGUGCCGAGGAGUGAAGAUGACAAAGAUCUAGAGAGUAAUGUGGGGAGAAUAAGAGGAGGAGAGAUGAGGGCUACAAAUGUUGGAUAGGAAAGAAAGAGCAAACCACACCAGAGCACCCACCAACCACCCACAAAGUGUUUGAUGUGCUCUACUGAUAAUAGUACCGGUACCUGCCCUAAAUCAAAAUUUUUAAAGUGGUGAUGAGUCAUAACUAGAGACCUUUCUGUUUCUGAAUAGAAAAUGCUGAACUACCAAAAGAUGCUUAUGAUGGUUCAACAAUAGUCAAUUUUAAUUUACUGUUAUUGUAAAAUGAAUUAGAAUAAAUAGCAUUUGUAUUGCACAAAUGUCCACCCUGUAGCAAGCUCUUGUACUUUAUAGUCCAUAAUAUUGUUUCCCCAGCAGACCUGAUAGCAUUCUAAAACAAUUUCAACUUCAAAAGAAGCUUGCAUAUCUGUUGUUCGUGUCAAAUUUCAAAUUUCAAUUUUUCUUCAGGGUCAUGGGAAGGUCAACAGAAUGGUCAGAAUAGUAGAUCUAUAUGUGCGGUUUUUUUUUGGCUGGUGUGUACUAAGUUUUUAGUGGUUUGGGGGGGGGGGGGAUUGCCUAUAUGAAGAUGGUGCUUUUCCUUUCAUUAUCUGAUGGUACGGAUUUUUGUGUUGAGAUUUUGAGUUGGUGAUGUAUAAAGGUUUGUGAAAAUCAUUUAACCCUAUCUUACUGCAUAUCUUUUUUAUACGGAGCAUUGUAAAGUUAUAGACUUUCAACCAAAUAGGUAUUCAAUAGUUAUUAUUUAUGUAUAUUCAGAGUUUAAAAUAGUAUUGAUAAGUAGUUUAGAGUAAAUUGAUUUUAUUACAUAUUUUGUCCAUUUUCCAAGUUAUUUUUAUUUUUAACUUGAAUAUAUUAUGUAAGUCAUCUGUCAUAUAUAUAAAUGAGUUUUUAGAUUCCUUUGAUUUGAAAGCUUCAGUUUGGUUGGGAGUAAGGGCAUGUGUUACUGAUUAAGUAGAUGCGCUGUUAGCUCAGUUGGUGUCAUGCUGGACUACACAAGCAGAUGGCCCCAGUUCGAAUCCCCAACUGGGCUCUGUGAAUGCGGGUUGUUUUGAGGAGAUUUAAGGCCCUCCACCCUUUUAACUAGGUCCUAUUGGAGGUGGCCAUUGAAUUUGGAGAUACUGCCUCUUAAAUAACCUCACAGUGUUGAAAGGGGCAAUUAACCUAAUCAAUGUCCAUUGACAGAUUUUUGAUAAUAUUUUUAGAGUAGAUAUCUACAAUAGCAAUAAUUUGCAAGGUUUUGGGCAAGUUUGUGAAUAGCGAAUGCAGACAAUGCCAGCAAUUGUUCAAGAUAACUGCAUUUUUCUUUUACUGCUUUCUAUUCUGUCACUAGAACUGACAGCCUGCCUAUCGUGUGAACUCUAUUGUUAGAUACAUGAAUGUUAUCCUUCAGACAUUUUUCUGUAGGGAUCUAAAAAUAGCGGCACAGUUUAAGCUGAGAAUCUUUGGUUUAGGGCACAACAGAAUUGUUUAUCUAAACUAUCUUUUUGUCACCGAGAAAGAAAAAGAAGAAGAAAAAGAUUUCUACUGGUGCAUAAAAUUUUGUCUUCUAUCAUUGCUUGGUUUGGGGUAUUUGUUAUCUGAUUAGUGUUUGAGAGCUGUGCUUGACACAAUGUUGAUAAAUGUGAGGUGUGCUGACACAAUGAGUUUGUUCUCGCAAUAAACAAAGAGAAAUAUUGUCCAAAAUUCGACACCAGGGUCAAAUUUGUUGAUUUUCUAUUGAUUCAUAUUCUUUAAGUAAAUAAUAUGCCUUUUAUUAUUUUAUACUUAUAAAUUGUAAAAACGUUACCUUUAAGCAUGAUGUAUCAGUUUCCAUAGGCUCGAAUCCGAGAAGUAACUCAGUUUGUCAGCACGCUUCACAAAUGUUGUAGACAAUGUAAGUGGCAGGUUGUGCAACUGACUGUUGUCAUUUGGUGUGGGAGAGAUAAUAUGUGGUGGUUUGAUUGGGGGGGGGGGGGGGGGGGGGCUUUAUGGCAUAGAUUCUUCGAUGUAGUUGCUCACAGUGAUCAUUUGUAGCAAUUACUGAAAAGGGUGACCUGGAAGGCUGUAACCUUUUUACUGAUCUCUGAAGACAGCAUUCAUCAGCAAGCCAUUCAAAUGUUCUGAAUGAAUCUAUUUUAUUGUUUGCACUUGCUGGAGAAAUAUUUUGUAAAAAUCGAAUUCUACACUUUUAACCCUAUCCGUACGCCGUGGAGUCAUUUUGUACCCCCUCUAGUUCGAAGAUCUCAUUUUGAGAGACUGCUAUGCAAAGCGUGCGGAUCGGAUUAACAAGUAAACUUCUUCUUUGGAAAGUGAUGGCACAGAGUUCCCCACGUCAUAUAUGGAUACGAUAGUAAACACGACGUACGGUUAGGGUUUUUUAAAAAAGCAAAGAAAUUUUUAUAAAUGUAGAAUCUAGAUCUAGUAUAAUAUAACACUUUAAAAACAAAGAUACAGUUUUUUGGGGGUUUUUUGAUGCGUGAAAAAUAUUGCUCUGUGCGCUGCAAACUUUUGAAUUGCUUGCCAACACAAUGUGGAAGAAAUUUAUUCUUUGAAGCUUACAGAAAAGGAGCCAGGUGCCCCUUCCAAGAACCACUUGAAAUACAUUAUAUACAUUAUAUUAUUAUUAUUCUUUUAUUGGAUCCUGGUGUGUUUUGCUACAGGAGCUUGUACCAUUUUUUUACACCGACGCGUAUCCCCACUGGUCACUUUUGUGUGUGUUCUCGACGCUUCUAUCAUGUAUCACAGCAGCCACCAUACACGUCAGCAAAGGUUGUGAUGUCACAGUCAGUGGAUGGACACAAGGGUUCUGAUCACUAAUUGUAUUGGAGAUAUUAUUUUUAUACGGUAUCCAAAAAGUGUUUUAUGAGCAAACUUACAAGGGCGCAGGUUCCUCUUCACAGUUAGCCCACAGUUUUUGUUUUGGUUGUGUUUUUUUUCUUGUCAAAUGUUGUUCCCGUGUAUUUUUUAAUAUGUUUUUUUCUGUCUUGACUGGAAAAGGCAUCACUUUUACUUGUGAAUGAUGAAACAAUAUAAAGUAACUACGCCUUAAA